GGCGGCGCGGGGCAGCAGGCAUGGAGCUCGCAGAGGCGCGGCGGGGAGCGGCGCGCGGCAGAGCGGCGGCCGUGGCAGCCCCGAUUCCCUCCAGCCGCCGCUCCCUGCUCCGCGUCCCCGGCCCCUAGACGCCUCUUUCCGCGCGUGACCCUCUCCCUAUGGAUUCAUUUCAGACUGGGCAGAUGCUGAGCUUGCCCGCCGAGCUCGGCAGCAACAACUUGGAGCUGGCUGAGCCGGCGGCAUCAGCGGCCCGCGGAGACACGGGCCCCCACCCGGAGGCGGCUAGAGAAGGCCCCGCACCUCUACCGACGCGGCCGCCAGGGCAGGAGCAGCCUCCGAGGGCCUCGACGCCCGAGUGUAAAGUCCUGCUCAAGCAGGCCGAUGCCCUGGCGUCUGGGGGGCGCCUCCGGGAAGCCCUCGAGGUGUACCGACAGCUCUCAGAGCGGCAGCAGCUGGUGGCUGAGCAGCUGGAGCAGUUGGUGCGCUGCCUGGCCGAGAACGUCCCGCGAGGCGAGGCUCCGGAGCCCCCGGACGGGAGCCUCGCGGUGAGCUGCGCGGUGGCGGCGGAAGACGCGGGGGUGGCGACGGCUGCCGAGGCCACCGAGGUGUGGGACGGCUUCAAGUGCCGGAAGUGCCAUGGAUUUCUCUCAGACCCCGUGUCCUUGUCCUGCGGCCACACCUUUUGUAAACUGUGCCUGGAACGCGGGCGGGCAGCCGACCGGCGCUGUGCGCUGUGCGGCGUCAAGCUCUCCGCGUUGAUGGUGGCCACCGGGCGGGCGCGCGGGGCCCGGCGGGCUGGGCAGCAGGCGCCGCCGCCGCUGCGGGUCAACGUGGUGCUGAGCGGCCUCCUCGGCAAGUUGUUCCCAGGCCCGGCACGGGCGUCGCAACUCCGGCACGAGGGCAACCGGCUGUACCGCGAGCGCCAGGUGGAGGCGGCGCUGCUCAAGUACAACGAGGCAGUUAGGCUGGCUCCAAAUGACCACUUGCUUUAUAGCAACCGGUCUCAAAUUUAUUUCACCUUGGAGUCUCAUGAGGACGCACUGCAUGAUGCAGAAAUAGCAUGUAAGCUCCGCCCCAUGGGGUUUAAGGCACACUUCAGAAAAGCACAAGCCUUAGCCACCCUAGGCAAGGUGGAGGAAGCACUAAGGGAGUUUCUAUAUUGUGUGUCCCUCGAUGGGAAGAACAAAAGAGCAAGAGCUGAAGCCCAAAGGCUUCUCCUUAGUUUCUUUUCACCAUCAUUCCCGGGGGAUUCUCAGAAACAUUCUCCUGAUAUCCUGAAGUUGUUGGCACCUCACCCUAGAUUAAAGGAACAAGUAGAGUCAAUGGCUACUGAAGGCACCAGCCAUAAUCUACCAAAGUCGUCACAGGAGACGCCGGAGCUCCCACACUGUUCUAGUCAGGAGGCGGCCGCAGCCAGGGGGGACCUGGCUAAAGUCCAAGGGCACGGGCAGCAGAGCGACAUGGAAGACCAGGACGGGGUGGAGGAGGAGGAGAAGGCAGAUGCUGCCUGCCCCCAAGCCGCCUCCAGCAAGACCGGCAAAUGUCAGGAGAAGAAAAGGAAGCACUGCCAGGUGGAACCCCAAGACCCAGAGGUGCCUAAUAAGGCCGCUAAGCCAGACCCUCCCGCUGAUCCGGGGGCCACACCUGCUCUCAGUGUUCCGCUCGCAUCCUUUGACGCCUCUGACCUUGAAUGCUCCCUCUGUAUGAGAUUAUUCUAUGAGCCAGUCACAACACCUUGUGGACACACUUUUUGCUUAAAAUGCCUUGAAAGAUGCCUAGAUCACAAUGCGAAGUGCCCACUGUGCAAAGAUGGUCUUUCACAGUGCUUGGCAUCAAGGAAAUACAGCAAAAAUGUCAUAAUGGAAGAGCUAAUAGCUAAAUUCCUUCCGGAAGAACUCAAAGAACGAAGGAGGCUUUAUGAAGAGGAAAUGGAAGAACUUUCUAACUUAAAUAAGAACGUGCCUAUUUUCGUGUGUACCAUGGCCUAUCCCACGGUUCCUUGUCCCCUGCACAUCUUUGAGCCUUGUUACCGUCUGAUGAUUCGUAGAUGCAUCGAGACAGGCACGAGGCAGUUUGGCAUGUGCCUUGGAGAUCCCGUCAAAGGGUUUGCGGAAUAUGGCUGCAUCCUAGAGAUCAGAAAUGUUCAGUUUUUUGCCGAUGGCCGCUCCGUGGUCGACAGCAUAGGCAAGAGGCGCUUCAAGGUCCUCCAUCAGGGCCAGCGGGAUGGUUACAACACAGCUGACAUCGAAUACAUUGAGGACCAAAAGGUGCAAGGAGAGGAUUGUGCUGAGCUCAUGGGAUUGCAUAACUGCGUCUAUGAGCAAGCAUCGUCGUGGUUUCAUUCGCUCAAGUCAUCUCUGAAGAAUCGGAUCCUCAAUCAUUUCGGUCCAAUGCCAGAGAAAGAUGCUGAUCCCCAGAUCAACCCGAAUGGGCCCGCCUGGUGCUGGUGGACGUUAGCAGUUCUUCCCCUGGAAAGCCGAGCUCAGCUCCCGUUCCUAGCCAUGAGGUCCCUGAAGGAUAGACUCAACGGUAUCCGGCGAGUCCUGGCCUUUAUAUCCCGAAACCAAAACUAGUGAGUGAAUUGCUGAAAAGGAGCUCCCACGCUCCCCCGCCACCCUGGGGGAGUCGUCUUGUAAAUAUAUCUAAUUGCAAUAACAUCUUAGAAGGAAGUAUCAAACAGAGGCGUGGUCCUGCCCUUAAGCGCAGGCGGAAAUUAAGUAGAAAGAUGGAAAGAGUGAGACCUGUUUGAAACUUUCUUUCUUAAGAUGCAACUCAACAUGCUGCACAACUCCAUGCACAGCAGAGGUUGUUUAAGAGCCCAGAAGAAAAAAAAAUUUUUUUGAUUUUUGACAUAAAAUUUUCUCAAAGUUUAAAGUGGUUUUGCUUUAAUUUUUCUGUCUUUCAUAGAUGAAUGACUGUGUGGUUGAAAUGUGACACCAAGUUACUAAUCGUGUUGCUGCAUUAUUUCACUGACUUGAGGUCUCAUUCCAAAUGGUUCCAAUUUUAUAUAGCAUUGUGUAAGAUAAUGUUCGUACUUCUUUCUGGUUUAAUAAUUUAUUUUUUUUUUGCACUACUGUAUCCUUUUUUUCCCUACAUGUAUGUUUGUAACUAUUUAAGUGUGCAGUACUGAAAAGUCAGUCCCUCUAUUUAUUGCCAUGGUUUCUUGUGUACCAAGGGGGAAGUAACAAUAUUAGAAAUGUGUCCUUUUGCUUUCACGGUUUUUGCUGCAUUUGAUCCCAGUUCUUGAACCUUUCUUGCAUCCAUCCCGUUGGAUGCUUAAAGGAAGUUCAGAACCGUGCUUGGAUCAUCUGUCUCUGCAGAUUCGAUUUUGUUUUCGUUUUGAAUCCAACAAUAUAAAAUACUGAAGGGAUUUGGCAUAGGCUAUGGAAUAAGCCAGGGUAAAGUAAUCCAUUUUCUAUGUGUUAUACAGAGCCAGGACGAAGGAAUUAUUUUUCUGGCAUCAAGAGAUGAAUUAGAGGAGUGUCUUUUCUUGCAGUCUCUUCUAGGCAUUUAUUUCAGCAAUCAGAUUGUAUCUUAAUUUCUCCCCAAUGCAGUUAGGAAUGGGGUUUUUAGGGGGGAUACUACUUAAGCCUUCAGAGAUAAUGGUUUUUAGUCUGGCACAUCACAGCCCUGCCCUGUGAGCCUCCGUACCCGUACCUCUUCCUGGUGUCCUGAGGAUCAGGACCCGGCUAGCACCUGUGGAAACACUUGAUGAAGACUGUUUAUUAUUAAAAGUGUAAAGAAGCCAGGGGAAAAAAAGGUAGAACCCUGAAAAAAAAAACCCUCAAAUUACCUUUUUGGGUUUUACAUCCUUUUAAAGGAAGUGGACCAUUAAUUCAUGAUUUAUUUUAGCUAAAUGCUGUCUUUCCUCCUAGUUGCGAUGGGCCAAGGAUUUCAGUACAGGGGAAGAAUAGCGGUAAUAAAGAGGUAGGAGUGAGGGCUUGUUUGGCUUGCUCAGUGCCAGGUUGAUUUCUUUAGUGCCAGGACAACCCGAAAAAUACCCUGAGUACAGGAGUGUUACAAUGACAGAGUGAAAAGACAGGAAAGAAGUUAAUCGUGUUGUUCCUACCCUCCCGCAAAUGAUCCUCCCCACUCCCCCCACCCCCAUGCGAUUCUGGACGCUGCAGUGUGUGACUCACUCGCAGCCCAUCCACUCUGUUCCAGCGAGAGGUUAAUGCCUCAAGUAAUCACUCUGACUUCUUCCAUCACCACCUGUGGCUAGACACAGAUGAGAGAGAACGAGAUGAUGCAGGCAACACACAAAGAAAGAGACUCACGUAAGCAGAAGCCAAAUAACCUUUUCCUGCACUUCCUUAAUGAGCACUGUGUUGUGCCAGAACAUUGUGUUACCAGGCUUGAUGUCUGGAGCCCAGCUGGGCUGGUAAAGAAUGGAAGCAUAAAAAGUCAAAAAAAAGAAAAAAGAAAAAAGAAUGGAAACAGAGGUUACUGCCCAAGCAAACGCUACAAGGCUCAGGGAAGAGGAAAUGAAAGGCUCCUCCUGCCACCUGGUGCCCUACCAUGUGGUCCUAGGACAGUUGUCUCCUAUUAUCUAGUGUAACUGCGACAAAGAAAAGGGUCAUAGGUGUCCCCGAUGGCUACGUGUGUUCCCUGUUGUGAUUUCCCUUUUUUUGAGCCUCAGUUUCUCAUCUAGCAAAUGGAGGUGACAAAUACUGCAUAUAGGGUUGUCAGACCAUCCAAUGAUGCAGUGUAUAUGGAUCACUGAACAUUGUGCCGAACACUUGGGAGCUAUUCAACAAGCGAUAGGUUUGAUUAGAUUAUUCAUAGUUAUAGAAGAUUGUCAGGGGGCUACAUUUGCGUAAAACCCUGCCUUUUCACACAAUACCCAUUUCCAACUCCUGUAACACUUGGUUAGAGGAAUCCGCAACUCUGAUUCUUGGACCAUAGCGUGAUGAUUUACAUGUAAAUCCUUUGGAGCGGGGGAUCCCAUCUGUUUGGGAAAAGCAAAAGCCUGACAAGCAAAUGAGGAUCAGAGAUAAGGGAGAAUUCUGUGCGAGCCAAUUUUUCCUCUUUCAAGAGGGCUAAAAAGUAGUGUUGUUGGGGGGUCUGGAAUUUCUGAUAUAAUAAAAGGCUUAAGUUCUCGUUCCAUUAGAAUAACCAACUCAUCACUCCCUGCUCUGCAACAGGUGCAGAAUUCCUCAUCAUAAGACUAACUCAUGUUAACGAGUGCGGGCCUAACUCCAGCACGUGUAGAUCUUGGCUGGGCAAAAUUGCACUUUCCUCUCAGUCGCUUCAAUACCUGUUUGGGUCGUUUUACAGCAAGCUUCCGCUCUAUGAGUCGGGGGAGGCAAGGUGCAAGGCUCAUCCUUGGCUUGCUUUGGUAUGUACUGAAUGGAGUAAUCAAUUGGACAUGACCAUUUCACCACUUGUAAACUGAUUUUGCUGCAAAGCUUGGGGAUGGAGAGUACACAGAGAAACAGCAUAAAGUUAAAUCUAGGCCAGAAGAACAAGACUUCCCCCUUGGUAGUUAGUGCCAUUUAUUCAGCUAGUUUUCCUGUCUAUUGUGACUGACCUAGUCUUUUCAUAGUAGGUUAUUUUCUGUGUGUGUGUGUGUGUGUGCGUGUGUGCGUGCGUAUGUGUAUAUAGAUGUAUAUAGGUGUGUAUAUAUAUGUGUGUGUGUAUAUGUACAUGUGUAUAUAUAUAUUAGGUACCAAGCAGACGUUAUGCCUUUCUGCUUUGUACUGUACUACUGCUGCUAGCUAAUAACCAGCAAAAUGUAGAAAAAGAAAAAUGAUAAAACUAAUUUUCUGUAGACAACUUGGAGAAAAGAGUGCUCGCCCCUUACAUGGGGGGCAGAGAACUGACUAUGUCAACAAUUUGCCUUUUCUGAAGGCCGACUGCUUCUAGCCCCAUGCUGCGGCAGCGUGCUGGGGCUAGUCAAGUCGCUGCGCAUGCAGCGCUUCCAGUCCUGCCUGGGGAGCCGGACUGGGCUCAGAUAGUCCCCUGUGAUGGGCUGGUGGAGCAGUGGAGCUCUGAGGCUGGUUCACAGCACCUGGAAGUCUCUCACUGUCAAAAAAUCGCAUACCGUUGAUGGACUGGAACCCGUUGGGGACUGUGUUUCCCCUCACCAACUCCAUCCCCGAGAUGGGAGUUUUAUUCAGGAACUCAUUCCUUGAGUUCCCAACCUGUUGACUUUGCAUCCAUUUCUGUUUCCAAGGCAAAAUCAUAGCAGAGAUGUAUAAUCAAGAUGCAAAUAGGAGGAAGCCCAAAUAAGGGAAAAGGACAGAUUUUUAGCCCGUUCUUGGGCUUGAGGAAUAAGGUUUUGAUUUGCUCAAAGACAUUUCUGAGAAGCAGCCAGCUGCAUGGGCUGCAAUUUGUGGCCUUUCCUGAGUGCAGAGAAAAUGAAAGAAAAGGAACCAAGUAAAAUGUAUGCAUUUGGUUCCUCUUAGCAAGACAGCGCCCACUGUUUGACUGUUGAAUAAUCUGGAUCAUGCACAUCCAGAGGUGAGAUGAAAACAUUGUCCCUUACAAAUGGGCAUUUUCAAAUGGGUUUAAGUUCACUUUGAGAAAGAAGUGCCUGUAAUCUGUGUUCCUAGUGUUGUUUUAAAGCUUUUGCUUCCUGACUCUUAGCCAUUUAAAACUUUGUCGCAGCAAAUGUGAUGAACAGAAGUUUACAAAGCAACACUGUAGCUUAUGCACCAUUUUAAGAAGUUGCUUGACCUUGAUCUAUCAUCAAAGCAACAAGAAUAAACAACAACAAAAUUCAAAGAGAGCAAAUACAUCCACGUGGCAUUAUAGGCUUACCUUAGCUAAACCAGUUCCAUCAUUUUAUGCAGUUCUCAAUAAUGCCAGGAUUAAAAUAUCAAGCAAGCCAUUUACACAGUGGCAAUUGUGUCUUUGUGUUUGUAAUGCCAGUUGUUGGUUAAGCAGCCAUUUCACUCUUGCACUGUAAUGAGCUGAAAGGGGAAUUAAGAUAACGCUUUUUGUUUUUCCUCCCAUAUUGCUAUUCAACUACCUCUCUAUGCUUGAUGUCUCUUUAGGGUCUUCUUUCCUCUAAAUCUGUCCAAAAGAAGUUUCAGCUCACCUGCGUUGUAAUAACAAUGUGAUAUAGAGAGUUUCUGUGAAAGCUUGUUGAUCAUUUAAAAAAUGUUUCCUAUUGUCUCACUUUGUAUCUAACGUAACUCUACCUGUAUUUUGGGGCAAAAAUUGCCCAAAUAACUUCUGUAUCAUUUUGUUGGAAGCUAUUGAAUAGAAGGGAAAGUGAUCGGAACGUCUAUUUUGAUCUUGUUCUUCUUGGUUGUAAUACAUUUGACCAGAAGAUCUUUCAAGGAAGUAGACCUGCACUCAGAAAGCAAGCUCUUAUGUAUGGGACAGUGAGGCAGGUGUGAAUUGAUUAAAUUCAUUGUUUAAAAAUGCACUGGAAAAGCUUGUUAUUACUAAUUGUGUUGAAGCUUUUGACUAAUAAUCUGCCCCUACUUUAUCUGUCAAUCCAUUCAUAUUUGGCGUUUCCUUCAAGCAGAGCUCGCAUGAUAAAAUGUUCAUGAAAGCAAA